GAAACCCAGUCUUUUUCAUCGGUGGGUGGAGAAGAGAAAUAGACAGACGUGGUUGAGAGAUAGAAAGAGAGAGAGAGAGAGUCUGCUUGAGAUCAGGGGGUUGAGAGCGAAAACUGUGAAAACAAGAUCGAGGUUUUAUACUAGUUUGGGGAUAGUUGUAGUGAUAGUACAUAUAGUUGCAGAAGCAUUCGGAUAACAAAAAUGCCUUGCCUGAACCUGUCUACUAACGUCAACCUGGAGGGUGUUGACACCUCCUCCAUUCUCUCUGAAGCCACAUCUACCGUCUCCAAAGUCAUCGGCAAACCUGAGGCUUAUGUGAUGAUUGUGCUGAAGGGUUCUGUACCGAUGUCAUUUGGUGGGACGGAGCAGCCAGCAGCCUAUGGUGAGGUUGUGUCUGUUGGGGGCCUCAACCCUGAUGUAAACAAGAAGCUGAGUGCUGCUAUUUCAAACAUACUUGAAACCAAGUUAUCUGUGCCCAAAAAACGGUUCUUCCUGAAAUUUCAUGACUCCAAGGGCUCCGACUUUGGAUGGAAUGGGUCCACCUUUUAGGUUUUUCUUGCUUCCGUUUUUGCUGCUGGGAAAACCAUCUUGAACUUGUUGUGGAUUGGAUGUAUGCAUUGAACAAACUAUCUUGCACUGAUUGUGAACUUGAUGUGUGCAUGGAACAAAGCAACUUUUUAUCUGUCUGGUAAUAUGGGAUUCUCACUUUUGUGGUGAAACUAGUAGUAUGAUAUUAUAUCUGGGUUCCAUUUAACUGUGUAGAGCAUCAUUCAAUGCUGCUUCUAUAUGGACUUUACUCAACUAACCCAUGUGUUUUAUAGCUGUGUUAGCCAUAUGACAAUGCUUGUAAAUCUUUGUUCUCUU